AUGUACACCAUCGUCCAACAGCAAACACAACCCGUUCCUCCCUACCACUCACCUAUGUACACCAUCGUCCGUCAGCAAACACAACCCGUUCCUCCCUACCACUCACCUAUGUACACCAUCAUCCAACAGCAAACACAACCCGUUCCUCCCUACCAUGCGCCUAUGUACACCAUCGUCCAACAGCAAACACAACCCGUUCCUCCCUACCACUCACCUAUGUACACCAUCGUCCAUCAGCAAACACAACCCGCUCCUCCCUACCACUCACCUAUGUACACCAUCGUCCAUCAGCAAACACAACCCGUUCCUCCCUGCCACUCACCUCUAUACACCAUCGUCCAACAGCAAACACAACCCGUUCUACACUACCACUUACCUAUGUACACCAUCGUCCAACAGCAAACCCAACCCGUUCCUCCCUACCACUCACCUAUGUACACCAUCGUCCAACAGCAAACACAACCCGUUCCUCCCUACCACUCACCUAUGUACACCAUCGUCCAACAGCAAACACAACCCGUUCCUCCCAACCACUCACCUAUGUACACCAUCGUCCACCAGCAAACACAACCCGUUCCUCCCUACCACUCACCUAUGUACACCAUCGUCCAUCAGCAAACACAACCCGUUCCUCCAAACCACUCACCUAUGUACACCAUCGUCCAACAGCAAACACAACCCGUUCCUCCCUACCACUCACCUAUGUACACCGUCGUCCAACAGCAAACACAACCCGUUCCUCCCUACCACUCACCUAUGUACACCGUCGUCCAACAGCAAACACAACCCGUUCCUCCCUACCACUCACCUAUGUACACCGUCGUCCAACAGCAAACACAACCCGUUCCUCCCUACCACUCACCUAUGUACACCGUCGUCCAACAGCAAACACAACCCGUUCCUCCCUACCACUCACCUAUGUACACCAUCGUCCAACAGCAAACACAACCCGUUCCUCCCUACCACUCACCUAUGUACACCAUCGUCCAACAGCAAACACAACCCGUUCCUCCCUACCAUGCGCCUAUGUACACCAUCGUCCAACAGCAAACACAACCCGUUCCUCCCUACCACUCACCUAUGUACACCAUCGUCCGUCAGCAAACACAACCCGUUCCUCCCUACCACUCACCUAUGUACACCAUCAUCCAACAGCAAACACAACCCGUUCCUCCCUACCAUGCGCCUAUGUACACCAUCGUCCAACAGCAAACACAACCCGUUCCUCCCUACCACUCACCUAUGUACACCAUCGUCCAACAGCAAACACAGCCCGUUCCUCCCUACCACUCACCUAUGUACACCAUCGUCCGUCAGCAAACACAACCCGUUCCUCCCUACCACUCACCUAUGUACAGCAUCGUCCGACAGCAAACACAACCCGUUCCUCCCUACCACUCACCUAUGUACAGCAUCGUCCAACAGCAAACACAACCCGUUCCUCCCUACCACUCACCUAUGUACAGCAUCGUCCGUCAGCAAACACAACCCGUUCCUCACAACCACUCACCCAUGUACACCAUCGUCCAUCAGCAAACACAACCCGUUCCUCCCUACCACUCACCUAUGUACAGCAUCGUCCAACAGCAAACACAACCUGUUCCUCCCAACCACUCACCUAUGUACACCAUCGUCCGUCAGCAAACACAACCCGUUCCUCACAACCACUCACCCAUGUACACCAUCGUCCAUCAGCAAACACAACCCGUUCCUCCCUACCACUCACCUAUGUACAGCAUCGUCCAACAGCAAACACAACCCGUUCCUCCCUACCACUCACCUAUGUACACCAUCGUCCAACAGCAAACACAACCUGUUCUACGCUACCACUCACCUAUGUACACCAUCGUCCAUCAGCAAACACAACCCGUUCCUCCCUACCACUCACCUAUGUACAGCAUCGUCCAACAGCAAACACAACCCGUUCCUCCCUACCACUCACCUAUGUACACCAUCGUCCAACAGCAAACACAACCCGUUCUACGCUACCACUCACCUAUGUACACCAUCGUCCAACUGCAAACACAACCCGUUCCUCCCUACCACUCACCUAUGUACACCAUCGUCCAACAGCAAAUACAACCUGUUCCUCCCUACCACUCACCUAUGUACACCAUCGUCCAACUGCAAACACAAUCCGUUCCUCCCUACCACUCACCUAUAUACACCAUCGUCCAACAGCAAACACAACCCGUUCCUCGCUACCACUCACCUAUGUACACCAUCGUCCAACAGCAAACACAACCCAUUCCUCGCUACCACUCUCCUAUGUACACCAUCGUCCGUCAGCAAACACAACCCGUUCCUCCCUACCACUCACCUAUGUAA